UGGUGUGGGGCAGAACACCUGCCUGUUACUACAUGUAUGCAUUGUACCCACAGGCUCAGCUAAUCUCCCUCCCCCAAACUGGCAAUCUUCAAAUGCCCAUCACCUGCACCAUCCCCCCUAACCUGUACCAGCCCCUCAUUCACCCCCUGUCUCCCUGGUCACCUCGCUGCCCCUGAGUGCUCUUCACCAGAACAGUUCUUGGUCGCCUAUGCAUUGUCGUUUCAUCACCACUUGGGGUGUUUAGAAAGGUGGUCAACAACCCACUAAAACUGAUUUCCUAGCCCAGGGAUGGGCCAUAAACUGGAGGUAGAUGAAAGAGGAUUAGAAGAUAUUGAGGUGAGAUCAAGUUUUUUUCAAUCAUUGUGCUCUUUUUCUUUUAGAUUUAAGGUAUAAAGACUCCAGAAGUGUCAUUAAUUUGGAACGAGUCAUGUCCCAGAUAUUCUAAUAAAAUGUUUUACACUAUAUAGUUCCAGAUAGCUGGAGCCUAGGGUUUGAGGGAAGAGGGUGAAAAGAGGUGGGAAGUGGUAAGAAAUGAGACUGGAGACAUAAACAGGAGGUCAGAUGAUGUGCCGAGGAGUUUGGACUUGAUCUUAAUCAUCAAGGAAUUUUAAGCUGGGGAGUGAUGCAGUCAGUCUUAGGUUCUAGAACUGGCUGCAAUGUGGAAAAUGAAUUGGAAGGAGUAAGACUGGAAGCACAAAGAUCACUUGGAGGCUUCUUGCAGUAAGCUAGACAAAAGGUGAAAUAAAACAGGCAGUGAACACGGAGAGAAGAGAACAGAUUUCAGAUGUAUCAAAAUCGGUGGGGCUGUUUGGAGAAUCUGAAAAUUCUAAUUUAUAGGAUUUGUUAGAUCUUAACCUGUCACACAACUCACUAUUUACUUCUCUACAAACUUACACAGAGGAUUCUUUGUUGUGGUCCUCCAAGAUGAUCGCAAUACUUCAUAGCUUAAGUUUUUAGAGUUGGUUCUAGAACCCAAUGAGAUCCAGCUAAAACACCAUUUUAGGACAGUCGUGUCAGUGUUACCUCUAGGGUAUACUCUAUAUAGACUCUUGGAUUCUGAUCUGCUCUCCAAUCUUCAGGAGUGAUGAUCCUGCCUUCUUUUUUCCUAACACUACCAGAGAGCAAGAACUGAAAUUCAGAUCUAAAGUUUCAAAUGUUCAUUGUCACACAGGCACUCUGAAGUAUGCUUAUAUCACUAGGUUGAGGUAGAAUAGCAGUUUUUUUCCCCUUUGGAAGGUUAUAUCUGUGUAAUGUUUAAAAAUUGUUAAAAAAUGGGAGAAAAAACUUCUUGAGUUUCAAAAACAAAGACCAGUACUAUAAUAAGCUUUAGCUGUUAAACAACUGAUUGUUAGGGUUGCCGUGAUUAUUAAUUUUAUUUCUGUUGUGGGGUUCAUGCAAUGUGUUCUUCUGCCUACUAUUUACCAUUGCAGAAACUUCAUUCAGUGUUCAAAAUGAAUGCUUAAUGAAUCUGUGCCUCGUAUGCAUAUGUUACAAAUUAUCUGAAGUUUGUAAUCUAUGCAGGGUCUUCCCUCCUAUUGUUCUGAAUAAUUGAAAAAUGUCUGCAUAUUGGAAAAAGGCAUGUAUUUGAAUCUGUAUAAUUCUUACCUAUUUGUAGUUGAGAGAGUUCUUGAGAGCCAGUGGAAAUACUUUUUUUUCUUGGCGCUAAUCAAGUGAGUGUUACCUUGUCACUUAGUGGUAUGUGUUGUUAUUCCUUAGUAAGAUACAAACCUGUGUUUAUUCUCAGACAUUUUAGGAAUAACAGCCAUCAUUUUUAUAUAUGUGUUCUUGGCUGUAUUCAUAAAUUACAUAUUUUAAGCUUCCAAAUAAUACUUCAUUCAAUAUAAAUUGAUACGGUAGAAUGGAAGUUAUUUACUUAGAUAUGUUUUCUAGUUACAUUUUCUCAGCCUAUGUAAGACUACUUUGUUGUAAUAGCCUGAAUUUUUGAAACUCGUAAUAUUGUUUCUCUACUAUCUACCUUCACAUUACUUCAUUUAUCCGAAUAAGUCAAUUAUGUUUGUAAUUGAUAUUAAUAAAACCAGAAUAAAGUUCAUAUCUACCAAAAACUGCUUUUAUUAUUAUUAUUUUAAAUUUACAAAUACUUUUCUCUAAAUGGAAAGAGCUGGUUUAUGAUUUAGAAAGAAGAGUAUGAUAGGUAAAAAAGUCCCUCUACCUUUUACUGAUCUCUCAACUGCCAUAUUACAGUCUUAAGGAAGUUUUACUCAUUUAUUCAUUCAUUCAUUCAUUCAUUCAUUUAGCAGAAAUCUAUUGAGCUGCUUCUGCAUGCCAGACAUUGAUUUAGCUGCUGGGAAUACAUCAGUGAACAAAACUGAAAAAAACCCCUGCCUUCAAAGAGCUUACAUUUUGGUAGAAAACAAUAUGACCUUUAAAAUAUGUAAUUCAGGGGGCUGGCCCCGUGGCCUCGUGGUUAAGUUCGGCAUGCUCUGCUUUGGCGGCCCAGGUUCAGUUCCCAGGGGUGGCCUACACCACUUGGUGGCGGACAUGCUGUGGCAGUGACCCACAUACAAAAUAGAGGAAGACUGCUACAUACAGAUGUUUGCUCAGGGCAAAUCUUCCUCAAGCAAAAAGAGGAGGAUUGGCAAUAGUUGUUAGCUCAGGGUGAAUAUUCCUCAGCAAAAAAUAAAUAAAUAAAUAAAAAUAAAAAUUUUAAAAAUUAUGUAAUUCAAAACAGUUAACACAAUUAGAAAACCCUCAACGAUGAUAUUUUUUGAUAUCAGCCUUAUUGACCUUAGAAAGUUUGAGCUGUCUACCUUUCAUUAUAAAUAAGAAAUAGAAAUUCAUUUGCCUUUGCUUUAUUAAGAAUGAUUUACAUGAUUUUAUAAUAUGCCUUUUUAUUGUGAUAUGUCCAGUUGUCACUGAGGUUUGCCCCACCAAGCAGCAAAGUACAACAUUGUUAGUAUUCAUUCAGUGAUUAGAUAAUGAGCACCCUUGUGCUGGGUCCUGAGGUUCAGUCUUCAGCAAAACCAGGUAAUGUCUCCUCUCUCAUGCAAAUUAGGAAACAUGGUUAAUAGUUGGAAUUUGAGAGAUCAGAGUUGUGCCAAUUUUAGAACAGUAUAAAAUAAUGUUUUUUUCUUUAUAUAUGUAAUGUAAACCACAUUAAAAAUUAAGAGGAAAAAUCAAGGGAAAAAUGUUAACAUUUCAUGGUUAUGCUACAGUGAAGAAGUUAUUUUUCAAGAAGUGAUGGUAAAUCUGAUUUUAAUUUGGGUAAAUUUCCAUGCACCAAAAAAGGAAUGUAAAUCUACAUGCUUUUUGUUCUUUUGAACUCAAGAAAAUACAUGUGUCAUUCAUCCUUCUUAUUUGAUUCAUGCCAAGUUUUGCCUGCCUCCUGCUUCUUGUAAACAGGUUGCCCAGUGAGUGAGGCCUGCUCCUCACUUUGGAUACCUUUUAGGUAGUUAGGAUACCUUUCUACCCCUUUUGUUUAUAGCUAAGUGUGUUAGUCACCAUAUUCUUGCCAAGACUAUAAACCUUUGAAAAUGGUUAAAUGAUUGGCUUUUAUCUAUAAAAGAGGAAAUAUGAGCACAAAGUUGAAGAAGCUAUGAUGAUAUAGCCAGGUGUUUCUGAAACUUGAGUAAUGUAUGGGCAAAAACAUGUUCAUAUAAAAAUGUUACUUAAUAUGUAACAAACCUAAAUCUAGAUGUAAACUCCUUUUACUUAUAGAUCUCACAUGUUAUCAAAAACAAUUUUAUAAAACACUUUAAGUACUAAUAAAAGUAAAAAAAUCAAGCUAGCAUUCCUUUAGUAUUGCAUGAUGUGGUUUAGCUGAAACUUACUUGCUUUUCCAAAAGAGAUUCUGAUACUGACUGCUGCAGCAAGGUUCUUUUGAGUUUGUUGUUCCUUACUGUGUGCUUUGUGAUAAAACUUUGCUGCUACUUGUUCUCUACUUGAACUAACCUGUAUACAUAAGGCACCUUGGUCUCCAUGUGGUGUGACUGUCAUUUUUAUAAUAAUAAUAAUAAUGGCUAACAUUUACUGAGUACAAGCUAUUAGGUAGACACUGUUGUAAAUGGUUUACUUGUAUUUUUCAUUUAACACGACAAAUCUACGAUGAGGUACUGUUAUUAGCUCCACCUUACGGAUGGAGAAAUUGAGGCACAGUGAGAUUAAUUUGUCUAAUGUCACAAAGCGCAGGUGGUGAAGCUUGAUUGAACAGUGUGGCUCAUGCUUUUAACCACUUGGUUAUAUUGCCCCUUGAUGAAUCAUCAGCCUAUCUUUAUUAAAUUUUGACAAUUGAAGUAAUAUUUUGGCAACAAUGUGAUCAUAAACAGUCAUAAAGGCAAUAACAAAAUCAUAUAGCAACACCCAGAUGGACAUCAUUAUGCUCAUACAUGUUUCUUACAGAAAUAAACACAAAUUUUAAAAAUUCUUGCAGAUAAUUCAUGGUGUCCUAAGAUUAUAAACACAAUGAGAAACAUUGAUUUGGAAGUCCCGAGGAAGAAUUUAAAACAGGUGAUGAAACAUAAAUAAAGCUUUUAUUGUAGAAGACUCAUUCAGUCAUUCAUUCAAGUCUUUAUAUAAACGAUCAUAUUUAUUGGACUACCAGUUCCUCUUAAAGGAAGUAAGUUUGAAUUACAGAAGGAGAAACAUUUACAAAGUAGAAUUACUUUUUGACAGUAAAAGCAGGUAAGGAUGUGGCUUACCAAAGGAGGCCAUGGAGUGUCCACUACCUUAUGUCUGCUAUUGUUCACCUGAUGUGUAAAUGGUUUGGGUACUCUUCUCCUUAGAGAUGACUGGGAUGAAAUGGACUGUUUUGUAAUAUACAAUAUGAAUAUACCAAAAAGUGUAUAUGCAGGGGCUGGCCCAGUGGCGUGGUGGUUAAGUUCGCGUGCUCCGCUUCAGCAGCCGUGAAUUUGCAGGUUCGGAUCCCCAGCACAGACCUGUGGACGGCUUAUCAAGCCAUGCUGUGGAGACAUCCCACAUAUAAAGCAGAGGAAGAUGGGCACGGAUGGUAGCCCAGGGCCAAUCUUCCUCAGCAAAAAGAGAAGGAUUGGCAACAUGUUAGCUCAGGGCUAAUCUUCCUCACCAAAAAACAAAUGUAUAUGCAUGUGUGAAGAAAGCUAAAAAUACAACCAGAAAAUAAGAAAUCAGAGAGUGCAGGGAAUAUAGCAGUAACCCAGGUAAAUAUGGCUACUUCAGCUGAAUAUUAAAAUGAGCUAUGAACUUCCCAGCAACUAGGGCAAAAAGGUAAAUACAAUGACUUUCUGUGCUUUUCAAUGUCUCUGAAGAGAAGCAUACUUAGGUUUUGAAACCUAAGAUGAAUUUACAUUAAAGAUCCUCUGAUAGUGACCUUGGAUAAGCUCUUACUUUUCUCUUAGUUCUCUUUUCUGUAAAAUAGGGAUAUAUCAUAUGCCUUCCCUGUGUAUGUGCUACACUGCCCAGACCCCUCCUCCAGGAAUGAGACACUAGUCACCCCAGCUGCCAGAAGCACUGAUUGAUGAGGGCUUCUGAUUGAAUUCCUCCCAAGAAUUUCCCUUUGCCCAAGGGAGCUGUCUCCCCCCAGGUGAGACCCCCUCUUUGGUGGCUGCCUGAAUCCAGUGACUGGUCAGGGCUGAAAUAACAAAGGUAUAGCCUCCUUGCCUCAAUUCAGAACAACUCUGAAGGGUCAUCCAAGUUCCAUACCUCACUUUAGGAUUAGCUAAGGCCUCUGCUGCAACUAUGUCUGUCUUCAACUUUCUCAGCUCAAUCCUGCUCAGUCUUUCACAAGUGGUGUUCUCAAGAGCCCUCCGCAGUAAACCUCCUGCACACAGUCUUCUCAGAGUCUGUAUCCUGAGACCCUCUCUUUUAAGAUUAUUGUAAAAAUUAGGAAUAAUAAAUGUAAACUGCUUAGCCCAGAUCUCAGCACACAGUAGGCACUGAGGAGAUGGUAGUUAUGGUUAACCUUCCUUACAUGGGACAUUGAGCCAACUAUGGAAAAUGUGUGAUUUUUGUAGAAGGUACACACAUUUUUCAUAUGGCCAUUGCUUUUAGCAAUCCUCAUAAAGGUAAGAAUAAAAUACAAAAAUUCUACCAAACGAGCUAUAAAAAGGGUUAUAAUUGCCUGGAUUUCUUUCUAACAACUUCCUCAAUAAAUUCAGUCACCCAAGGACAGAUGCUUAAACUUAAAACAUGCUUAUUUUCAGGUUUUUCAAUAAAAGGGUAUAUGUCAGGAUAUGAGGAUGUAUUCUUUUCAUGCAUUUAUGAUCUGUAGUUUACACCAUGUAAAUGCAAAACCACACUUUUUGAAGUAAUUCAGUAUUUACCAUUUUUUAACAAUUGACUGAAUCUUGACUUAAUGCUUGUACCCAGAUAUCUUGAUGGAGGAUUUCUAAUAACCUUACUUUUUAGAUGAUUUUAUCUAGAUAUCAAGAUUAUUUUUUGCUCACAACCAAAUACAUGAAAUUUGCUAAUGGAAAAAAUCUGUAUUGUAGGUUACCUUUACAUUGUAGAUGGUAGUUUUUAGUAAGAAAAUAACUGCAAAACUGAGAGAAUCACACCGUCAACAUAUGAAAGGAAUAAAAUAGCCUAUAAUUUCAGGGGGGAAAACCUGCCCUGCGGUUUCCCUUUUGAACAUUGGUCUCAUGAAUAGAAGAAGGUACCUUUGUGUUGGGGAAGCAAUACAAUGUUGUAACAAUAAAGCUGUGUGAGGUUUUUUGGUAAUGUGUGUGUGUGUGUACAUGUGUGUAGUUCUUAUUUUUUAGACAUGGUUGAUUAUGGAACAGUUAGUGCGUAAUGCAAGAUGUUUGUAUGGGAGCCUUUUAAAGAUAAAUGAUUCUGCCCUGCUAUCCUAGAAAUAUUUUAGAUAAUUCUCUUGAAUGUGUUUUUUUUUAGUUACCACAUACUAAUAAAAGUUAACAUUUUUAAUAUCAUCCAAAUACCACUUUGAGGUGGUGCCCCAGCGGGUGAAGUACUGAGAAAAAGAUUCAACAGAGAUGCCGAUGUAGCAACUUCAGAGGUGAAAGUAGGAGUCACAUGAAAAUAACCUCUAAUCCAAGUCAGUUCUUUACAGACAACUGAGUUUUUUUCCCUUUUAGGUGGGGAGGAAGUUCUAGACAAAUAGCAUUAUCCAUCUUUGAUGACUGUAAUUACCUGUUGCUGCUUAUGUCUGAAAUAUUAAGUAGUUCAGUAUACCCUAAGUUUUUGAUCUGUCUUGUUCUAAAUAGAGAAGCACUUGAGGAUUCCAUGUCUAGAAGGAUUCUUGUAUCCCAAAGAAGUCCUUAAACACGACCACGCAUACUAGGUAUGGCUUUUAUAAUGUUAUGCCAAGAUGAGAUAUUGUAUGAGUAGCCGUAUGAUUUACCUGCAGUGUAGGGUUCAAAGCUUUAUGGUCACGUGAAUAUAGUUCCUUGAGCAAUGGAAGUUGUGUGUUUUUGACAAUUAGUAUUGUCCUCCUCGAGGGUGUUUUCUUCCUAAUCUGAAUGGGCAAGACCCUCAGCUGCUAGCAUGGAGGAACCUAGAAAACAUAGGUGCUGAUACUCAUUGAGAAUCAAAAUUUCCUGAAUUAUCUGUUUUAUGCAAGAAUCUCUCCCUCAUGAAGACAGUACUGACCAGUUAUAGAAACAAAAGUGAGUCGUUGAUAGCCAGAUUCGGAAUGAAGUGCAAGCUGAUAGAAUUCAAUCCUGGACAGUCCCCCACAAAGACUGAGGCUCCAGAGAGGGAGGGGAUCCAUGACCCAAAAAAGUUAAGAACCUCUGCUGUGGAGAGGAAAAGUAAAAGUAAAAUCUGGUUCGAUGCCCAGAACUGAAUGCUGUGCUCCAGCUGUGGCCUCACCGGUGCUGAAUAGAGAGGAAGAGCCACCUUCAUAGCUUACAUGAGCUGGAGUCAGAUGGCAGCACUAUGGAGGAGUAUUCACAGGAGGACUGGGGAAACCACAGUCAGGAGCUCCAUGGCUAUCCAACAGAUCAGGAAUUGGAUGAUAUACCUGUCACAAAGAGAACAUUAAAAAUAAAACAAGAAUCUUCUGAAGAAGCACAGAAGAGAGACAUCAUGCAGAAUAUUGUACAGAUUUUGGAAUCAGUACAGUUGAAAUGGGAACUGUUUCAGAGCUGGACAGACUUUUCAAGGCUUCAUCUUUCUAAUAAACUGGCCAUUUUUGGAAUUGGUUAUAACACCCGUUGGAAAGAAGAUAUCCGUUACCAUUAUGCUGAGAUCAGCUCCCAGGUGCCCCUUGGCAAGCGACUCCGGGAAUACUUCAACUCCGAGAAGCCUGAGGGACGGAUCAUUAUGACCCGAGUGCAGAAAAUGAACUGGAAAAAUGUUUACUACAAAUAUUUAGAGAUCACUAUUAGUGAAGCUAGGUGCCUGGAGCUGCACAUGGAAAUUGACUGGAUACCUAUCGCCCACUCCAAACCAACUGGUGGGAACGUUGUUCAAUAUUUAUUGCCAGGAGGCAUUCCCAAAAGCCCAGGCCUUUAUGCCAUUGGCUAUGAAGAAUGUAUUGAGAGGCCCCCCUCACCCCACAUGGAGCGACGUACCCUGGACCCAGGAAAGGAGGGCCGGGUUGACUUGGAAACCCUUUCAGCACAAGCUUCAUUACAGGUGGAAAUAGAACCCACUCGAAUUAUCUAUUGCUACCUCGGGAUUGCUGAGGUCAGGACUCUGCAGCAAUGCUUAUUUUUACAUUUCCAAGCAAAUACCAAAACCUUCAGCAAAGAUUGGGUUGGUAUUAAUGGGUUUUUGUCUCAGAACUGUAUUGUGGAUCCUGGAGUUUCCCCUAAAUCCAUCUAUAUCAAAUUUGUAGAAGUAGAGAGGGAUUUUCUUUCCGCUGGCUCUUUGGUUGAAUGCCUGGAAAAAGCCAUUGGAUACCCCUUAAAAUUUAACAACUGAAUGUCAUCCUUCAUAAGGAUUUGGGCUCUUACCUCUCUCUUCUCUACUCACUUCCCAUUACCCAGACUGUCCUUCAUCCAGAUGCUGCCAUCAGACUCUUCAUGGAAACUCUCCACGAUCAGGCCAGUACAACUUCUAAGGAAUCAUAGUAGACUCUGGGCAGAAAAAACAGACCUCACCUGAAAAUGCUCAUUUUGAGCAAGCAAGAUAUACAAUGAACUUGCAUGGUGGGUCAGCUCUUUCUUUUUUAAAAACAAAAAACAAUUUUUAAAUGGAUUUUAGAGCCCUAAUAUAAACAAAUGUAGGUACAUUCCAUAUUGGACAAAACUUAGACUUUGAGUUUCAUAUGAAAUUGAAGAAUUGUAUUUUUUUCACAAUGUUUCAUUUUUACACAUCUCUAUGUCUCUAUAUGAGUAUUAUUUACAACGCUGAAUAAAUAAGCAAUAGAUAAUGGCAAGUUAAAUCUUGAGUCACAGUAAAUAAGACUGUUUUUCAAUAUCACCCUUAGCUACUAUUGUAUAUAAUUUAGUUUCAUUUUUUUCACCAACCAAGUGUUUUGCUAUUCCCAAUCAGUGUUGCCUGCAAAGACCUUUGUUUCUGUGAUGUACCAACUUUAUGGUUGUGUUGCCAUUUAAACUUUAAAAAAAAAAAAAAAAAAUUAAAGGAAUUCCUGGCCUCUUGG